AUGAACCGGUUAUAUAGCCGGCUGCACGUGUCACAGAGAGAGAGGGGAACGAGUGUUCGGUGUUGGGAAAGUCUUCCAUCUCUCUCGACGAAAUCAUUCGCAUCGUCUCCCAUCUCUCUCGACGGUUUCCCUCCACCGAGCUCUCGACCGCGGACUCCGUCGAAUCCUCCGGCGAUCUGUCCCAUCUCUCCCAUAUCCCCUAUCUCUCUGUCGAUCCCAAUCUAUCGGCCUCAAUCCCUCGCCCUAAAUCUCUCCAACGAAGCUCUCCACCGAUCCUCUCCAACGAAGCUCUCCAACGAUCUCUCCUCCGAUCCGAGCCCCAAUCUCUCCCAUCUCUCCACCAAUCUCUCCAGCGAUCUCUCUGCCGAUUUCAACGAAUCACUCCACCGGAUCUCUCCACUGAUAUCUCCGCCGAUCUCUCCCCCGCCGAUCUCUCCUCAGAUAAACAAGAUGACGAUUCCACAUGAACCUCAUUUCUUUAAGCCUCUGCUUCCUGGUUUCCACAGUGGCGUCACAAUACCACUUGCCUUCUUCUCAAAGCACAUGGAAGGGAAGACGAACCAGAAAACAUGGAAACUAAGAUCGGACGCUUCAGAUCAAACUUGGGAAGUGCUACUAGAAGGCAGGACACUCACCGGUGCUGAUGACAAUAAGAUUAGUAAGUUUCAAUCAAAGUUCAUCGUUUUGGUCCUGCCUGUUGUGAGAUGUUUUGACGUGGAAAUUGUUUCUUUUAUUUCAGGAGGAACAGGGGCAAUGUCUUCUUUCUCAUACGACUUCUGUUUUUUGGCUGAGGUCACUGCUUCAAAUCUAAAAGCAGACAAACUUGUGAGUCAUUUUUCAUACGUAUAAACCAGAUUUAGUUAGUCAAUUUUGAUACCUAAAAACCAUAUUCUGUGUUUGCAGUAUCUUCCUAAGCUAGCUACGAGUUCUACUGCUUUGAACAAACAAUGCCAAGAGAUGAUACUAGUGAACAAAGAGGGAAACUCAUGGACUGCGAGUUUGCGAUUUAGCGAAUCAGGCGGCAUGUAUUACAUCACAAGGGGCUGGGGAAAGUUCUGUCGUGAUAACAGAUGCGACAUAGGAGACCUAUUUGUCUUCAAUCUGGUUGGAGAUGGGAAAACUACUCCCUUGUUGUGUGUAUGCCCGGAAAGUAAAGAGUGUUCUGAACUACUGAGCAAACACUUGAGCAUAAAGCGUGGUGAGACGUCUUUAACUUGCUUAUUCUUUCUUUGCUUCUAUUUGAACUUGCUUGUUUGGUUUUGUUCUGUAGGUGACAUUGCUUCAAGCUCACGGGUGAAUUAGAAGAAUGGUCAAGUAGUCUUGCGUCUCUUUAGCUUGCGUCUCUUUAGCUAUGUAUCUCGGACUUGUUAAGAGCUUCUAUCCUCUUGUUUUCCUUGCUACAAUGUACUUGUAUGAUCAUUUCAGUUUAGACUCAAGUUCUUGUGUUUCUCUACUCUCUACUCAUUUUAGUUUAGACUCAAGUACUUAUAAGUUUAAAUCUUUGUACUCUCCUCUUGUAAGUUUAAAUCUGUUUAGUUAACUACAAUUUUGCUUCUCUUCAUUCUCUUCUCUUUUAUGUUAUACAAGUAAGAAGAUAACUUGUACAAGUAAGAAUAACAAAAUCAAGCUAAGAAGAUAACAAAAGUUGUACAAGUAAGAAACAUAAUUUAUUUACAAAAUGAGAAAUUAUAUACAAAACUUUUACUUAUAGAUAAAAAAAAUUUAAAAACCUAAGGACUUAUCAAAAGUCCCACCCAUAAUCAACAUUUUAACAAAAGUCCUUAACCAAAGUCCUAAACUACAUAAACUAAUUAAAUACUCUAAGGACCAUUCUAAAAGUCCUAUUGAUGCACUUGCUCUAAUUGGUUGUGCGUUUUACGUUAAGACUUAGGGACCUAUUGGAAAUAGAAUCUGUGUGGAGUUUGAAAAUUUUAAGAGUUAAUAGAUUUUUAAAAGUUAAGUAGAUUUGAUGAAUUCUUACCCAAUGUAUUGUAUAAAUUGUCAUUGAUUAUUAUAGAUUUUCAUAUAUACUUUUCUUUCCAAAAUUAUCUUUCUAUUAUUCUUUUUUAAAAAAAAAAUUCUUUCAUAAAAUAGAACUAUUUAAAAAUUAAUUAAAAAUUUUGGUCCUUUAAUAUUUUGACAUUUUGAUUUGUCUUGUUUGAUUUUUGUUUUAAAGUUUUUAAGAUCAAACUAUGAAUUUUCUCAUGAUUUUAUUUUAAUAUCAAAUAGUUAUAUUCAUGAAAGAUUUUUUUUUAAAUUGUUAUUUUUAAUAAUUUCUUUUAUCUUUAGUUUUCUUUUUACAAUUAUCUUUGACUUGACAAUAAAAAUGUAAAAAAAAUCUUGUUGUGUUUGUGUAUUUGUGUUUCUGUUACAUAGAUUUUGAGAAUCCUAUGACUAUAUGUGAUAUUUGUAAAGUUGAGUGUUAUGAGUAAAACUAGAGAGAAUUUAUGUACCAAUAACAAAAGAGUUUAAUAGAAUUAUAAAAUCAAUAAAAACUAAACUUUUUGAAUAACAUAGGAUUUCCAUAGAAUUUAAAAGUCCACAAACCAAUAACAAAGGAUUCUAAUAAGAUUUUAAGAAUCCAUAAACCAAUAACAAUGAAAUCUCUAAAUUUUUAAAAAAUUUCAAAAUUUAACUCCCAAUAACCCAUCUUAAAAGAGUUUAAACUAAAUAAUGAUUGUAUAUUUUAUGUCUAUUUUCAUUAGCCUAAUAUAUUGGUGCACAAAACAAAAGCCUAAUAUAUAUAGUUUACCAUGAUAUGCCCAGAAAUCUAGAUAUGUCAGUGUUUUCAGUCAAAUUCUAAAUUAGAAAUGUAAACACAUCUUAGUUACCUUUCUUUUGGAUUGGACCUUCACACCAUUUAACAAGAAUCUUUUUGGAGCAAUCUCACUCAAGUUCUCUCACGAUAAGUUUCUCAAAUAUUUUUUUUUGACAAAGAGUUUCUCAAAUAUAUUAUACAUACUGUAUAUAUUUGAAUUUUUUUUGUUGAAACAUUUUUUAUACAUAUAUAUUUUUAUACAGUAUUAGAAGUACUUUAAAUCAUUUUGAGAUACCCAAAAUAAACUAUAGUUUUAUAUAAUUUUUGAGAACUCUUGUAAAAAUUCUCCACUGAAUAUAUUCUUA